UGUUUAAAGGUGCAGUGAGGCGUUAACAGUCACCAGUGACUGUGUCAACUGUUGCUCUGCAGCCUGUGAUUAUUGCUAAGAUGAAGGCUAGCGGAAGUAUUUUACUUGGUGUGACUUUAGCAUGCAUGAAAGGCAAGCUUUUACCUGCUUUGCCUGCAAGGACAUUGCAUUCACCCUGACCUUUAACAGUUUAACCUUUCUCAAAUAACAGUGCAGAAAUACAGUAACUACAAUCAAGUCUACAAGUUUAGCCAUUCUCAACUUUGAUGCCAUUUGUGUGACAUGGAGCCAGACGGGGACCUGAACCCAGACACGGAUGACCUUCCACUCCGAGCCAAUACAAACCACAUACUUGUCAGACAUUAUGUGGUGGACCUGACUGUUCAUUUUGACAGGAAGGUCAUCAGUGGUAGUGUUGUUCUUUUCCUGGAGCCUCGCUCUGGAGUGAGGAUUGAGGAUGAGGAUGAACUUGAACCUGGAGCUGGUGCCAGAGCUGGGAAUAAAGAGGCUGGAGGGAGUCAGGGUGCGUCUGUGUGUGGAUCUCAGGAUGUGGAUACAGUGGAUUAUGAUACAGACGGAUUUAGGGAGAUUACAACAAGGAUGGAGAUGUUUGAUGCUAGAAGAAGAGACGUAACUCAAUCUCAGGCUCAGGCUGCAGCUGAAUCCAAAUAUAUUCAGUCUUCACAUUUGUGGGAAACCACAAGUGAUGAUGAUUUCACCUUAGUGCUGGACUGCUGUGACCUUGAUGUGUCAAAGGUGGAAGAGAUGGACGUCACCUCUGUGUCAGCCAUGUCUAGCCUCCUACCAGAGGUGACGUCUGAAAGGUCAGGGUCAGUGAACUCACAAGCAGCCUUCAUUCAGUCAGUUAUCUCUAUGCCCUCCAGCCGAUGGAGGCAGAAGCACCAGCUUUUUUCUCUGUGUAGCCGGGCCCCUGGUGCUCAGGACGGCACCUCGCUGCAUUUUCAGAGAGAUCGGUGGAGUCUGCAGGUGAGGAAGAAGGGGGCUGCGUCCCCUCAGGAGUUCCCUCGUGCUGUCAGGAUCUGCUAUGAGACGAGGCCAACAGGAGGCUCUGUGAGGUGGACCAAAGACCAGGACAGCAGGGUGUGUGUUUACACCGCCGGUUCUCCCAUCAACAACCGAGCCCUCUUCCCCUGCCAGGAGCCGCCUGUUGCCAUGUCAACAUGGCAGGCAACAGUACGGGCCCCCAGCGAGUGUGUGGUUUUGAUGAGUGGGGAGGAGCAGACUGUACCUAUUGAGGAUGGGGACACACGCUUCUUAGUCUGGCAUUACUAUGUCACGAUGCCCAUGCCCGCCUCUACCUUCACCUUGGCAGUGGGCCACUGGUGCCAAGUCACAGCAGAAAUUCCCCUGGCAUUGGAAAGACAGGUGAGGGACAGGACGGAUUUUGGCAAGACAGCCAAACUUGGGUCUGGACCGGGGGAGUGGACUGAGGCUGACCUUACGUCUGGACUUGGAAGCUCCAUCAGUGAAGUAGUAAAGGGCUCCACACUCAAUACUGGCAGCAGAGACCAGACCACCCGCUCAGAUCCUACAUUCUGUUGCUCUUCCCUUGAGGAUGGGGGUCUCUCUGUAACUGAUUAUUCAGGCAUGGUGGAUGACGGCAUCUCUUGUUCCCAUGGCGACUACCCUUGCCGAUUUACUGAGCAGUCGGCUAGGUCCCAGCGGGUGAUCCCACACCGUGUGUUUGGCCCCGUCUGCUUGCUGCAGGAGGCCCAGAUUGGAGUCCUGAAGCUGUUGCCUCGAUGUUUGGCUGCAGCACACACCGUUCUUGGGGUCCAUCCCUUUCCCCGCCUUGAUGUUCUCAUCGUACCAGCAGGGUUCUCCAGUCUGGGCAUGGCCAGCCCCCAUAUAAUUUUCCUGUCCCAGAGUGUGUUGUGCGCUGGAAGUCCUGGUUCUGUAGAGAACAGCCUGUCUCUGUGUGGGUCCAGGAUAUGCCACGAGAUCGCUCACUCCUGGUUCGGCCUGGUUAUCGGAGCCAGAGACUGGACUGAGGAAUGGAUCAGCGAAGGCUUUGCCACCUACCUGGAGGACAUUAUCUGGGCCCAAGCACAACAACUCUCGUUACAAGAGACAGCAGAGCAGUCUGACUUGAAGGCACUGCUGAGGUGGAGACGGCUCUCGGAUGAGUCGCAGAACUCAGAGGAGGCACUUCAAAUCCUCAGGCCUAACAUGGAGAACACUGGUCAGGUCAGUGAGUCUGGCUCGUCCACAGUUAAACACGCCCUCAACCCUGACAAAACCUUCAUGCAAGUCCACUACCUCAAGGGCUACUUCCUCCUCAGGUUCUUGGCCAAUCAAGUGGGAGAGCAACAAUUCAUCGACUUCUUCAGAUUAUUUGUGAAGAAGUACCACGGGCAACUCAUUUUGUCUCAGGAUUUUCUGCGAAUGCUGCUGAUUACCUUUCCCGACAUGGAGAGAAAUGGCCUCACCCUCGGUGCUAUUUAUGCUGACUGGCUUGAUCGACCGGGAAUUCCAAAGUGGCUGUAUGAAAGGAGCGCCGUGUGGUCACAGGCGAGGCUGGUGGAAGAAGUCAAAGCAGAGGUUGUAAAAUGGAUUCUCCUCAGUCAGAGUCAUCAGGGGAAGGGCAGAAAGCGGAAGAGAAUAGAGCCCAAGGUGAACUACAAAGAGAUGACGUCGGAGCAGCUAGUGAUGCUUUUAGAGCUUCUGCUCGAGGAAGAGGAGUUCAGUGUGGCAGCCAUGAGUGUUCUGCAGAGAACUUACAACCUACAGCACCAAGACGCUGAGGUCCGACAUCGCUGGUGUGAGCUGGUGGUCAAACAUGCAUACACUCAGGCUUACAGAGACGUGCAACACUUUCUAGUUCAUGACCAGGCCAUGGGUGUGUAUCUGUAUGGGGAGCUGAUGGUUCAGGAGAACUCCACGCAGCAGGCUCUGGCCCGACGCUGCCUCUUAUUGGUCCAGGGAGAAAUGGACCAAUCUGCACGCAGAGUGGUGGAGGAGAUGGUCUUAUGACAUUGGAGUUUUAUUGCUGUGCCAGCGCAGGAGAAAGUAGAAAGCAAAACUUCGGAGGACUUCGGUGGACAGGGACCAAGACCAGAUCCAGAAAGCCUUAAUGAG